GGGACAACCCCAAUACGAGAAAUGGCGCGCGCUUACGGUCUCCGUCCCCGAUUAUGGCUCCUGGUGCAUGAGAAUUUGCAACUUACAUAUCCCCAGUGGUAUAGCUAGGUAAUGUAUUGUUCUGGAAUAUGAAUUCACAUUUUUGUCUAUAUUAAUGAAGACAACACAGCAUCUUGACUCUUUCUAUAACAGAAUAUCGGGACCUGGUUCGUUGGAUGCUCAAUACGAACCAAGAUGAGCGGGCUUCGGCGGAGCAAGUCUUUCGGAGCCCCUGGUGCAUAAAGGCCAUCAAGGAUAAUCCCGAAUUGAGUUAUCUUGAGGAACAUCUCAACCCGGUCCUCGUGCGUAAGCCUUCAGAAUGUGCCCCUCAAGAGACAGAUGAAUUUGAAGAGGAAACAUACCCUGUGGACGUAAAACAAGUACACGCCAAAAUCGGCGAAAAGUCCAACAGAGGAAUGGUCACUUGCUUCACAUUCGCAGCACCCACUUAUGUCACGAAACAGACCAAUCAGGGUCGACGUCAUACUAUUUCCGGUUAUGAAAUCCACGAUAAGAGUUGUCGUGCGAGCCUGCGCGAUGACUUACUGCGGUCUCUGGCUCAAAAGGAAAUAAAGUCAAAGUCUAUGCACAAAACUGAAGGGGGAAGGAAAGCGAUCCCUGAAGAAGCUUUUAACCGACAAAAAUCAAGGCGCCGAAGUUCAUUGGUCACAGACGUUAUAACGGUUGCCGUGUCACCGAGUAAACACAAACCAGAGCGAAGGAGGGCUUCUCUAGUGUCUGACGUCAUCAAAGUUGAUGCUAAGACCGCUAAUAGACGCGGUUCCUUGGCAAGGUACCAAGAAAACGUGAAUACGUUAAUACCAAAUAAACUUGAGAUCGUGAAAGCGUGCAAAACCGACAAUCCCGAGAGCGCGCCUGGCGGGCGAGAGACGCGAAUGAAAGAGAUCGCUAAGCUCAAGUAUACUUCUGCUGCCAGGGCGGCGAAGAUGGCUUUCCAAGAAGCUCAUAUUGCGAUGGAAGCCAAUCGCAGACUGUCUGUGCAAUGCUCAGCUCACUACGUGACAAUACCCGGCGUGGAAAAGCUCCCCGACUUCCAGAAUAAGAGCAAAAAUGUUAUAAAAAAUACGAGUGCCAAGUUUAAGAACUGGCAAAAGAAAUUCAAAAUAGGAUUGACUGCAACUACUGUAAUCUAAGGCGCAUAUGUCUCCAUCUGUCUCUAUGAACAGAGAGCUAAAUCGAUCUAUAGAAAGAGUGUUUAAUCAGUUUUUGUCUUUUCGUUCUAUAGGGCAAAUAGGAAGUGAAAUCAGUGACAGUUACAGAAAGUUUUGUCUUUUCUUCUCACAACUCGCCAAAGAAUUGAUUCAAAAACUUUUGGAUUUACUCAAUAUUAACUGCGACGAAAGCCAGAUAGUUGAGUUUCGGUUCUUCGCUGUUAUAACUCUUCUUGUUGUAUGUUAACCAUAUCACGUGUUGAGCGUCGUAAAUCAGUUGUGUGUAUCAGGCUUAAGAUGGCUAAUUGCGGCGCGAAAUUCGACAAAAGAAUACAAUUCAAUGCUUUGAAAGAUGAUAAGAAUCAGUCUAUCAUACAUUUAUUAAUAAUCCGGGUGCUCGUGACCAACUAUGGUCGUCCCGUUUAUUUGGAGAGCUGGCAAAUUUUAUCUUUACUAGAAUUGUUCCUUGGAACUUGGUAGUUAAUGCUAGGGUGGCAGUGGAAACUCUAGAGCGGGCAGUUUUCUGCAACGCCAAUGUGGGGUCGGGGGUAAUUUUGUACCACUAGUUGUAUAGAGACUGCUCAGAAGAAUUAAACAUACUUUAUUAAGUUAAUACUUUUGAGGAUACGUGGGCAGGGGCACAAUGAGCUACCCCUCACGUUCACGAAAGAGAAAAGCACAGGUCAAGUGAUUACUAAAUGGGUGCAGUGACCAUCUAGCAGAGUAAACUUUUAUUUUUCCUUUAGAUAGACGUAGAUAACUUAUGAGCCUGUUUUUAAGUUUACAGACGCGACUUCUCAAUGCUACAGGCAACUUAAGUUUCAAUAAUUAGAUUUUUAUUUUAUUUUGGAUGUAAAACGCCUUGUAUCUUCUGUCUGAAUUGUGAUAUUUUUCUCAAUAGUUUUUAAUUGCUAAGUGAAAGAAACUUAAUACAAAAAUAAGAACAACUGUAAAAUGCCCUCGCCAAAAAGACAUUUAAGAUUGCGUGAACAAAUAAAAUGUAAAUUAUAAUUACCAUGGCCCACUUGGUCAACUCCACUGCCACCCCAUUAUUAUUCCCUAAGGUCUAAAGAACACUGCUGGGUGAGUCAAAGUCUGCCAGCUCGUCGAGUAAACGAAAUCAUUUUUUAACCCCCUUUCCCAGCGUGGGCACCCGGACUAUAAUGGUACUAGAUAUAGACUUAAAAUAAUGCAACGCAGUUUUGGGGCUAAAAAUAGAAUGCGCUUCACACAUUGUACGUGGCUUUCUCUGAAACCCAUGCAAACUUGCAAAGAGAAAUUGAUAAACACGAGAAAGUUUGCCAACUGAGAAAUGCAUACAAAGUUUUAUUCUAAAGUCGUCUACAAAGUCUUCAAAUUAUUAAACUUCAAUUAUAGGAUUGAGAUGGAUCUGAAGCGACCCAAGACUACAAUAAUUGCAUCAACUUGAAGCAUGUUUCAAGCCGAUUAAUUUAGCUUAAAAGAAUGAUUUCCCGAGCCUUUUGCUCUAUGUUAGUUUGUUUCCCUUGGAUUGAAAAAGAAUGUGUAAAACGAAAGGCUUUUCUUUCGAAACUCCUCUCAAACUUCUUAAGUACCCCUGGACAGUUCUGUAACCUUAGGCGAGGAAUUAGCAAAAGGAAACCAGGCCUUGUAAAUCAUUAGAUCUGGAGAUUAGCUCGUCAAGUUAAAACGCUAAGCUUAUUUAGAGUUUGCAGAUGAUACUUGGAGUUUGGGGGG